AUGUCUAAAACUCAUAAAACUCAUCAAAAUUUCCUUUCCUCUGACCGUAUUUACACAUGUACAACUUGUCAUACUCAUUUGGCCAGACAUGAAGAUCUAAUAUCAAAGGCAUUUCAAGGACGCCAUGGACGUGCAUAUUUAUUUAGCAGAGUAACAAACGUAUCACUAGGUCCAAAAGAAGAUAGAGUACUGAUUACCGGUGUACACUCCGUCAAGGACAUCCGAUGUGAUGUUUGCUCAAAUGUAGUUGGUUGGAAAUAUGUAUUUGCAUUCGAGAAAAGUCAAAAGUACAAAGAGAAUAAGUAUAUUGUAGAGAAGGCAAUGAUAUCCAAAGAGAAUCAGUGGGAUGAACCUUAG